UUGAUAUAAAAAAGUUACAAUUUUCUCCUCCACAAAGUGAUCAUAUACAGAAUAUCGGGGGAGUUGCAGUUCAUAUAAUGAUUUUAAAUAAAAAACAGGUAUUUAUAGUUUUUACAUCCUUUGGAUUAGAGGAAAAUCGAUGUGAACCAAUGUACUGUUUGACCUCCUUUGUGAAAAACAAAAAGUUUUGCUUUUUACCUGUAAAUUUGCUUUUAUGAAUGUGACAUUUAGCCAAUAAAAUUAAAAGAUUUGCAAGAAAUAGCUGGUUAUUCAAUUCAGAGUUAUCCUCUAGUAUUUGUGACCACCCAGAGGUUGUCUGAGUAUUUUUUUAUGUAGUAUUUGUAUGUGCUUUAAUCCCGUUCAUGUAUUGUGGAUCUCUCCCUCUCUCUGCUGAUGAGCUGUGAUGGGCUGCAGCCUCUUCCUGAGUUGUUUUGCAUCGCUGGCAUGGUUUUCCCAGGCACAGCCUUCACAUACGGCCUGCACGGUUUUUGGAAGGUUCUGGGCCUCAACAUCCCCAUGGUCAUACCCAACCUCACCACCCUGCAGGAGGGCGUUCUCAGCCAGGGGAAAGCCAAGUGGAGUUUAAGGAACUGCUUCUGGGUGCUUCACUGCGGGCCUACUAUCUGUUUACCAGGACAAGGCUUGCUGAGGCUCAUUGCAGAGGAUCACAGCCAUCGUUGGAAUUCUGAAAGGAAUGUACUUCCAACCAACCUGCCAGUCAACAUGUUUCAAUGUGAAAUGUUGUAUGUAAAUUUGCUGACAUGAUAUACCAGCCCAAGUUUUGUAAUGGUGGGUAGCAUUUUUGUUUAACUUCACUUUUUUUCUCCUGUUUUUGUCCAAUUAGGAGUUAGGUUGUCUUUUGUUCUUUUUGUUUGAGUAGGUAAGUUUAGGUUGCUCAGCGUCAAUUCACCUUUGUUUGUUAUUUUGCUGUUAGCCCACC